UCAUCGUCCCCCGCAAAAAGAAAUGGCCAUAACCACACCGCCCCUUCUGGACACAGAAAGAAUGAAAGAAACAGUCCAGCCAACACUCACCCCUGGAUCGCAAUCUCUCCCUCCCUCCUCCUCGAUCCUCCAUACCCCCUGCCAAGCCUCAUAAUUCACUGCAUACCGCGACUUCCGAUCCACUUCGACAUCGGUGCUUCUAGCCCCACCAACGCAAAUCAUCAGGCAAUUGCGGUUCGUUUCAGGAGAUUGGACAAGUUUGCUCGUGAAUUUGCAGGAGUAAUUCGCGUGGUUUCCAUGGAGGUAGUGGAGCUGGGCAAGGGAAUUGGGAGCUUGCUGGCGCGGGAGCCUGCGGCGACGCCAGUCUCGGCACCCAGGCUCGUGCCCAUGAUGAGGAGGAGCCGCGUUGGCGGUGUACGAGUCGGAAGUGAGGUGAAGGAUGUUCGGAGAGUGGUGGUGAAAGCGUCGGCGGGUGAGGUGCGCAAGGUGUCUGUGUCGGAGGUGGGUGGAGCUCCGGCAGCAACGAGUGUGGUGCGAGGAGUGUUGUUUGACAUGGACGGCGUGCUUUGUGACAGUGAGCAUUGCUCGCGCAAGGCUGCCGUUGAGCUGUUCGCGGAGAUGGGGUAUAUUGUAGAUGACAAAGAUUUCAUUCCAUUCAUGGGCACUGGUGAUGCGAACUUUCUCGGUGGAGUGGCAAGGAAAUACGGAAUCAAGGAUUUCGAUACUGCGUCCGCAAAGAAGCGCUAUUAUCAAAUUUACAUCGGAAAGUUCGCCACGCCUAACUCCGGACUAGGAUAUCCUGGAGCGUUGGACUUGAUUCUCCAGUGUAAAGAGGCUGGCUUGAAGCUCGCAGUGGCUUCAAGUGCCGACCGAGUCAAGGUGGAUGCAAACCUUGCUGCCGCGGGCAUCCCACAAAAUACUUUCGACGCAAUCAUCGCGGCAGACUUGUUCGAGAGAUUGAAGCCUGCCCCCGACGCCUUUCUUGCAGCUGCCGAGAGCCUCGGAUUGCCACCGCAUGAGUGCGUGGUGAUCGAAGAUGCAAUCGCCGGCGUGCAGGCCGCAAGAGCUGCCGGCAUGAGGUGCAUUUCGGUGACGACAACUCUCAGCAAGGAGCAACUGACAGCGGAAGGGCCCCAGCUGGUCCGAGAAGACAUCUCCAGGAUUUCUCUCUUGGAUAUCCAGGAAUUAACGUCAUCUCUCGCAUCGCCGUGAAUCCAUGACCCCCCUUCAAGCCUGAUUCUUGAGAUUCACUGCUGUGAGCUUGUACACUAGUAGGAAGUGUAUGGAAUGAAGUGGAAGAGAUGGAACAAACGACGCUGUGUUGCGUCGUUGACAACGAUGCAGAUGCUCCAUCCAUCGCGAGUCACACAAUUCAGAUACAAUCCAGUUCAGCCUGAAGCACCGCGGCGGAUGUCGUCGUCGUCGCCGCCGCAGUGUGAGCGGCAUUGCAUUUCAAGGAGGCAUGAAGUAAUUAGGGUUUUGUUGAUUUUUUGUUAGUUUACAUAAAUGUAUCAUAUGUAUUAGUAGUUGUUGUUAGGAUUUAGUUGGCAUGAAUUGAAAGGGUUUAAAGCGAGUUAAGUAAUGUUUUUACGCCUUUUGAUGAACGGACAUUUUUAUGAUUUAAUUAUUUGUGUGUUUUUCUUCUUCUUA